AUGGAGGAGCAGCGGGCACUGGUGGCUGCCAAGGAUGGGGAUGUGGCGACACUGGAGCGGCUGCUGGAGGCUGGCACCCUGGGCCCGGGCAUCACCGAUGCUCUGGGGGCCGGCCUGGUUCACCACGCCACCCGGGCUGGCCACCUGGACUGUGUCAAGUUCUUGGUGCAGCGGGCCCAGCUGCCGGGCAACCAGCGGGCCCACAAUGGGGCCACCCCAGCGCAUGACGCUGCUGCCACGGGCAGCCUGGCCGAGCUGUGCUGGCUGGUCCGCGAGGGGGGCUGCGGUCUGCAGGACCAAGAUGCCUCGGGUGUCUCCCCGCUGCACCUGGCCGCCCGUUUUGGACACCCAGUGCUGGUGGAGUGGCUGCUCCACGAGGGCCACUCGGCCACGCUAGAGACCCGGGAGGGAGCCCUGCCGCUGCACCACGCCGCCGUCAGUGGGGACCUGACCUGCCUGAAGCUCCUGACAGCUGCGCAUGACAGCAGCAUGAACCGGCGGACACGCAGUGGCGCCUCCCCACUCUACCUGGCCUGUCAGGAGGGCCACCUGCACCUGGCCCAGUUCCUGGUGAAGGACUGUGGCGCUGACGUGCACCUUCGUGCUCUCGACGGCAUGAGCGCCCUGCAUGCUGCCACUGCCCGCGGCCACUACUCCCUCGUCGUCUGGCUGGUCACAUUCACUGACAUCGGACUCACGGCACGGGACAAUGAGGGGGCCACGGCCCUGCACUUUGCAGCCCGAGGCGGCCACACGCCCAUUCUAGACCGACUCUUGCUGAUGGGUGCCCCUGUCCUGAGAGACUCCUGGGGGGGGACCCCCCUCCACGACGCAGCAGAGAACGGGCAGAUGGAGUGCUGCCAGACCCUAGUCUCCCACCACGUGGACCCCUCCCUGCGGGAUGAAGAUGGUUACACGGCGGCAGACCUGGCAGAGUACCACGGACACCGGGACUGUGCCCAGUACCUGCGGGAGGUGGCCCAGCCGGUGCCCCUGCUGAUGACACCCCCACCACCGCCGUUCCCUCCACCUCCACUGUUGGCCACAAGACGCUCCCUGGAGGAUGGAAGAAGAGGAGGCCCAGGGCCGGGGAACCCCAGCCCCAUGUCCCUCAGCCUGGCCUGGCCUGGCCAUCCUGACCAGCCUCUUCCCAGGGAGCAGAUGACCAGCUCGGCCCCUCCGAGGAUCACCACCAGUGCCACGGCCGACCCCGAGGGGACACAGACGGUGCUGGCGGGGGACACCUCAGAUGGCCUGGCCGCACUACAGCUGGAUGGGCUGCCCUCAGGCGACAUCGACGGGUUGGUGCCCACGCGGGAUGAGCGCGGCCGGCCCAUCCCCGAGUGGAAGCGGCAGGUGAUGGUGCGGAAGCUGCAGGCGCGCCUGGGUGCAGAGAGCUCCGCAGAGGCCCAGGACAACGGUGGGAGCUCAGGCCCCAUGGAGCAGGCGGCCUGGAGGUACUCACAGACUCAUCAGGCCAUCCUGGGGCCCUUUGGGGAGCUGCUGACGGAGGACGACCUGGUCUACCUGGAGAAGCAGAUUGCAGACUUGCAGCUUCGGCGCCGCUGUCAAGAGUAUGAGAGUGAGCUGGGACGGCUGGCGGCUGAGCUGCAGGCCCUGCUGCCCGAGCCCCUGGUCAGCAUCACGGUCAACAGCCACUUCCUGCCCCGGGCGCCGGGACUGGAUGUUGAGGAGCUCUCAACCCCAGCGGCUGAGCCCGCAGGCUCUGCGGAAGCCUCGGAGGUGGCCCCCAGGGGGCAGCCCCUGCCCUUCUGGUGCAGCCACAUCUCCCGCCUGGUACGCAGCCUGUCCCUGCUGCUGAAGGGCGUGCAUGGGCUGGUACAGGGGGAUGAGAAGCCGGCCACCCAGCCCCUGCAGGACACCUGCAGGGAGGCCUCGGCCAGCCCCGCUCGGAGUGAGGCCCAGCGCCAGAUCCAGGAGUGGGGGGUGUCUGUGCGGACGCUGCGGGGCAACUUCGAGUCGGCCUCCGGCCCACUCUGUGGCUUCAACCCUGGCCCCUGCGAGCCAGGGGCCCAGCGCAGGCAGUGCCUGAGUGGCUGCUGGCCGGCCCUGCCUAAGCCCCGCAGUGGCCCGGCUUCAGGGGAGCCCAGGCCUGGUGACACAGAGGAGGCCAGCGACUCCGGCAUCAGCUGCGAGGAGGUGCCAUCGGAGGCGGGCGCCGCAGCCGGCCCGGACCUGGCCAGCCUGCGCAAGGAGCGCAUCAUCAUGCUUUUCCUCAGCCACUGGAGGAGGUCAGCCUACACACCGGCCCUCAAGACAGCGGCCUGCAGGACCCUCGGAGCCCGCCACGUGGGGUCGAGGGGCCAGGAGGCCGCCAGGAGCCCUGGGCCACCCUCCCCGCCCAGCGAGGGCCCCCGGCUGGGCCACCUGUGGCAGCAGCGCAGCACCAUCACCCACCUGCUGGGCAACUGGAAGGCCAUCAUGGCUCACGUGCCCGCCCGGCAGCUGCGGCGGCUGAGCCGGCGGCCCCGCGGGGCCCUGUCCCCCGAGCAGUUCCUGCCCCACGUGGAUGGGGCUCCCAUGCCCUACAGCAGCCUCUCGCUGGAUCUCUUCAUGCUGGGUUACUUCCAGCUGCUGGAGUGCGACCUGCCUGCCGAGGAGCGGAAGCUGCGCCACCUGCUGUGCUUCGAGGUCUUCGAGCACCUGGGCACCCACGGCUGGGAGGCUGUGCGCGCCUUCCAUAAGGCCGUGACCGACGAGGUGGCCGCCGGCCGCCGGGCCUGGACCGAUGGCUUCGAGGACAUCAAAGCCCGCUUCUUUGGCUCCAGCCAGCGUCCUGCCUGGGAUACGGAGCCUGGCCGCAAGUCAGGCCUGACCCUGCUCGGGCCCCUGCCGCACGCCACCAUCCCCUGCAGCGGCCGUGAGCCCACAGCACAGCGGCUGGGGUUCCGCUCCCAGCAGGGCAGCUUCAACAGUGAGGACAUCUGCGGCUACAUCAACCGCAGCUUUGCCUUCUGGAAAGAGAAGGAAGCUGAGAUGUUCAGCUUUGGAGAAUGA